CAUUUCUCUUGUGGAAAAAUGAUGCUAGAGAUACAUUUCAGAAUUUAUAUUAUGGAUAAAUUUUGAAUUUUAUUACUGAUUUUAUGAUUCUUUUUAUUAAUUAUUAAUUUAAUUGCAUGACUUCAGUUAUAUUUUCUACAGAAAAUUCCUAUUUAGAAUCAAUAUUAAUCCUCCAAAAUUGUUUCUACGAGAAAUUAGGAAAGUUUAACGCAAAGAGAAAAAUUGAAAAUGGUGAAAGAAUUAGAAACGAAGAUUCUAUGGAUGCCAAAGAGAGAUGUUGCUGUCAUCAAGAAUAAAAUAAAUUAUUGUUUAGGGGCUGAAAUAACGGAUUUUGAAGAAAUUCGUCGUAUUUAUGAUUAUUACGAAGAGCAAUACAAUAAUUUAAAAUGCAGAGUAAAGUUCCCACAACGCCUUGAAGAUUAUAAAGAGAAAUUGAUACACAGAUGGUGUAAACAAGAUCUAGAGAAAGAUCAAGCAUGGUUAUCGAUGAAAGACACUAAAAUGUUUAGCACAUGUUCUAAACUAAGCGAUAAAGAAGUUCGCGUAAACAGCUUCUCUUUUUGUACAGUAGUUGGCUUGAACAAUUUAGUUGAACAUUAUAACACAAGUUUACAGAAUGCUGCCCUAUCAUUAGAAUAUAAAGUAACACAAAUCAUUGCAGACUUCGAACACGAUCGCAAGAGAAUUUUCGUAUACUUCAUAGUCACAAAAAAGAAACUUGGGAAACAGGAACAGAAUGCAAGUACACAUGUAUUACACAGAUUCGAAAUUAAGUAUUCUGACAUAUAUAGAAUAUUAAUUAACAAGUUACCUACUGAAAAAACUCUUAGUUUAUGCCUUUACCUUACAUAUCCAGUAUUGUUGUAUAGAGUGAGCAGAAACGCGAUACAAGAAUCUAGGCAUAAAAACAAGGAGGAAAAUUUUUACCUUAAUUAUCACAAUAAAGAUCCUAACACACAUUUCUUCAUUCGAGUGUCAAAAUUCUCACAUUGUUCAGAAUCAGAUAUUGGUCUUUCAAGUGUUUUAAAGUUAGAAUUAUUUUGGGAUCAAUCUUGGGAUGUGAUUUGUCGAUUGGUAAAUAAUUGUAAAGAUGUUGAUUGUUUCUUUUCGCCUCUCAAUAAAUACGACAAACCUAAAAGUUAUCCAACACCAAAGAUUUUAAAUGGAAAUUUUAAUUGUGUUUACGCAUUAAAAUGCAUUGUUUCCAGAACUAGAGAUGUUGCUGUGCAGAUGUAUUUGUACAAACAAAUCGAAUCUGUAAACGGCAAAUUAAAUGAAUUCGACAAUCCAAACAUCUUGGAGAUGACACUAAUUGAAAUCAAUGCUGCAUUUGAGAGGAAUAACAUUGUGAUUUUCCAGAAUGCACUGAAUUUCUUAUUUGAAAAAUACAAAGAUUUUGAUGAUGAAGCCAAUGGAAAUAGUCCAAAUUUAGUUAAAGUGAGAAGGGCCAUUUUGACUCCGACUCGAGUGAUAUAUUUGCCUUCUCAAUAUUAUUUUAGAUGCCGUUUCUUCAGGCAAUUUAGUGAAGAUUAUGCUCUUAGAGUGUCUGUUCGAGAGGAUAAUUAUGAACCAUUAUAUAGUUUACAAAAGAGUAAAUACGAACCUGAAAACGAAUCUGAUGAUGAAGAAAUAAUUAAUUUACUAAAAAUAAAUUUGUUAAAUGGUUUUAAAAUUGGCCAAAGGAAGUAUAUGGUUUUAGGCUCUUCAACUAGUCACUUAAGAGAACAGGGCUUAAUGUUUUAUGCAGAUAAAGAUGAUACAGGUAAACCGCUAGCUCUGAAAGAUAUAUAUAGUGAAUUGGGAAAUUUUGAGGAUAUCAAAUGCGUUCCAAGAUACAUGGCGCGAAUAGGUCAGUUUUUUUCUCAGGCAUUGAAUGCAAUUCACGUAGACAGGAGCAAAACUGAGGAAGUGGCAGACAUAACAAUCCCUCGUCAGAAUUCUGAUGGACAAUAUAAAUUUUCUGAUGGAAUUGGCAAGAUAUCUUCCGAAUUAGCAAAAAAGGUGUUUGAAAAAUUAGACAUUUUGAACGAACCCUCAGCCAUGCAGAUACGUUACGCGGGUUUUAAAGGAAUGUUGACAGUUUGGCCUGACAUGAAAGGGGAAAAGAUUAUUUUUAGAAAGAGCAUGAAUAAAUUUCCAUCUAAUAACGAAAGUUUAGAAAUUUUGAAAGUUAGUAAACCGAGUGAGUAUAAUAAUCUCGUAUAUUUAACUUAA